GGCAUACAGCGUUAUUAUGUUGUACAUUUUGUAAAAGAGAACACUGUUGAAGUUGUACCAGAGCAGUGGGUGGAGAAGAGAGAUGGGGUGAGUUGAUCAGAUAAAUGGUUUACCCUUUUCAGGCAAAAAUAUGGAUAAAUAGUUAACUUUAAACAUCGUCUCCUAUCUUGCAGGUCCUGUGUUGCUACUGGCCAAGAAAUGCCAGCGCAACAAUGAUUAAGAGAGGAGAGUGGCCUGACAAAUUAUUUUGGGAGAAGUACAGAAUUUCCAUCUUUUCAUCCACUGGUAAAAUAAUAUUUUACUGUAUCCAUCCACUCCCGUUUAUAUUGCCAUGUAUGCUUGGUUGUGUGGCUCUGGAGCAGGUUGCAUCAGUUGAACAUACUCCUCCUAUACGUAAGGCUAGUUUCAAUGUAGAAUAUGUUCUAAGCCAGGUGUAAACCUGUGUCACCACCUGGUUGUAAGUAAUAGCUUUUGCUACGCCAGGGUAUAAAAACGAAAUGUAAUGUGGGGUAGACGUAUAGUAUAAAUCUAUAACUAGUUUCCAAGGUAAGUGUUUCAUGACUAGUCAUGUCGCAUCUUGUUAAAUGUUCUAAAUCAUUACGUUGGGCGUAGGUAGGCCCAACUUAUCUAUUACACCUUAUUAGCGUCUAACGAGUGCAACUCACUCCUGGUCAGUAGUCAGUAACUUCCCCCUCUUAAGUACUAUAUGUAUUUGCUGAAAGUAUUACUAUGUGAAUUACUAAUACUCAAUUGACCCUGUUUUGCCAGUGUUAAUAGGAAAGUAUUUCUGACUAUGUUUAUUGCACGUACAGACAAUUACUCUGUGGCAGAGCAACGAACCAGCGAAGAGGGCGGUGACUAAACCAAUCAGAUUCCGUGUAGAGCCACCUGGUGAGGAUUUCUUAACUACUCUUAUUCCAUUGUGUGUACUACAUGCAUCAGGAAGUAGAUUAAAAUAAUGACUCUUUUUUUGUAUUGUGCUUUGUAAGAUGAUGAUGGAAGUGAAGCGCUCCAGAAAAAGACAAAUGAACCCAGACAAGCCCAGCUUCCAGUGCCCCAGCUUCCACCAGCCCCUAGUGGUAAGAUCCUGCAUUAGGUUACUAGGUCAUUAAAUGUAUAAUCAGCAAGUUGAUGGUAAGUUUGACACACAUUCAAGUAUGUGUGUGAAGAAAAGCUUACAGUUAAUGAAAGUACUUGUGUUAAAUUGUAGAAACGGCAUGAAAUCAUAACCUAAUGACAGUUGAUAUGACAAGAAAUUACCACACCCAUCUGAGCUUGACAUACUUGAUUAUUAGUCACAUUACCAAAGUGUAACAGUUCUUUAUUUUUUUCUAUUAGCAACCUCAAGAGCCAGUGUCUUUGAAAAGACACUACAAGGUACAUCAUGUUUUAAAUCUUUAAAGACUGAUAAACAAGCUUACUUUCUCAAAGUUCUGUUCCCACCAUCUGUAUGGGAUGGGCAGGAAAAUAUGUUAAGCGUGUACUGUAAAUGUGGUAAUGGUUUGACAUCUGUGAUAUUCUCUGAAGUUGCAGAUGCAGAGGACUUGAGGCCAUGUGCCACCUCAAGCCAGAGCGACAGUAAAUGUCUGGUUGUAAUUUGUUAGGGAAAACAAUUGAAUUGUAUGAAGUAUUAUAGCUUUACAAACCUUUCAAAGCCACUCAAUAGAAUAGAAUUACCAUCACAUUUUUGCAUAUUAGGUUAUUUAAAGUCUUAUUACUACUUUGUGCAUAAUGUUAGAACUUUCCAAAUACUUGUGGUGCUGUUAGAACUUUCCAAAUACAGUGGCUUACGAAAGUAUUCACCCCCCUUGGCAUUUUUCCUAUUUUGUUGCCUUACGACCUGGAAUUAAAAUUGAUUUUUUGGGGGGUUUGUAUCAUUUGAUUUACACAACAUGCCUACCACUUUGAAGAUGCAAAAUAUUUUUUGCUUGUGAAACAAACAAGAAAUAACACCAAAAAACAGAAAACUUGAGCGUGCAUAACUAUUCACCCCCCCCCAAAGUCAAUACUUUGUAGAGCCACCUUUUGUUACAGCUGCAAGUCUCCUGGGGUAUGUCUCUAUAAGCUUGGCACAUCUAGCCACUGGAAUUUUUGCCCAAUCCUUCAAGUUGGAUGGGUUCCGCUGGUGUACAGCAAUCUUUAAGUCAUACCACAGAUUCUCAAUUGGAUUGAGGUCUGGGCUUUGACUAGGCCAUUCCAAGACAUUUAAAUGUUUACCCUUAAACCACUUGAGUGUUGCUUUAGCAGUAUGCUUAGGGUCAUUGUCCUGCUGGAAGGUGAACCUCCAUCCCAGUCUCAAAUCUCUGGAAGACUGAAACAGGUUUCCCUCAAGAAUUUCCAUGUAUUUAGCGCCAUCCAUCAUUCCUUCAAUUCUGACCAGUUUCCCAGUCCCUGCUGAUGAAAAACAUCCCCACAGCAUGAUGCUGCCAUCACCAUGCUUCACUGGAUGGCUGGUGUUCUCAGGGUGAUGAGAAGUGUUGGGUUUGCGCCAGACAUAGCGUUUUCCUUGAUGGCCAAAAAGCUCAAUUUUAGUCUCAUAUGACCAGAGUACCUUCUUCCAUAUGUUUGGGGAGUCUCCCACAUGGCUUUUGGCGAACACAUUUACAUUUACAUAAUUUAGCAGACGCUCUUAUCCAGAGCGACUUACAAAUUGGUGCAUUCAACUUAUGAUAGCCAGUGGGACAACCACCUUUUGUUUUUCUUUUUAGGGGGGGGUAGAAGGAUUACUUUAUACUAUUCCAUUUCUGUGUAAGGUAGGGUCGUACUCUGCGAAUGUUGUAGAGCAUGAACCUGCAGGAUCGGGUCACCGCUUUGAUGUUAGCAGAGAACGACAUUGUGUUGUCCAGGGUCACGCCAAGGUUCUUUGCACUCUGGGAGGAGGACACAAUGGAGUUGUCAACCGUGAUGGCGAGAUCAUGGAGCGGGCAGUCCUUCCCCGGGAGGAAGAGUAGCUCCAUCUUGCCGAGGUUCAGCUUGAGGUGGUGAUCCGACAUCCACACUGAUAUGUCUGCCAGACAUGCAGAGAUGCGAUUCGCCACCUGGUUAUCAGAAGGGGGAAAGGAGAGAAUUAAUUGUGUGUCGUCUGCAUAGCAAUGAUAGGAGAGACCAUGUGAGGAUAUGACAGAGCCAAGUGACUUGGUGUAUAGAGAGAAUAGGAGAGGACACCAGUGAUGAGAGCACGUGGUGCGGAGACAGAUUCUCGCCACGCCACCUGGUAGGAGCGACCUGUCAGGUAGGACGCAAUCCAAGAGUGAGCAGCGCUGGAGAUGCCCAACUCGGAGAGGGUGGAGAGGAUGAUCUGAUGGUUCACAGUAUCAAAGGCAGCGGAUAGGUCUAGAAGGAUAAGAGCAGAGGAGAGAGAGUUAGCUUUAGCAGUGCGGAGAGCCUCCGUGACACAGAGAAGAGCAGUCUCAGUUGAAUGACUAGUCUUUAAACAUGACUGGUUUGGAUCAAGAAGGUCAUUCUGAGAGAGAUAGCAGGAGAGUUGGCUAAAUACAGCACGCUCAAGAGUUUUGGAGAGAAAAGAAAGAAGGGAUACUGGUCUGUAGUUGUUGACAUCGGAGGGAUCGAGUGUAGGUUUUUUGAGGGGGGUGCAACUCUCGCUCUCUUGAAGACGGAAGGGACAUGGCCAGCAGUCAAGGAUGAGUUGAUGAGCAAGGUGAGGUAAGGGAGAAGGUCUCCGGAAAUGGUCUGGAGAAGAGAGGAGGGGAUAGGGUCAAGCGGGCCGGCCGGCCGUCACAAGUCGCAAUAUUUCAUCUGGAGAGAGAGGGGAGAAAGAAGUCAAAGCAUAGGGUAGGGCAGUGUGAGCAGGACCAGCAGUGUCAUUUGACUUAAUAAAUGAGGAUCGGAUGUCGUCAACCUUCUUUUCAAAAUGGUUGACGAAGUCAUCCACAGAGAGGGAGGAGGGAGGGGGAGGAGGAGGAGGAUUCAGCAGGGAGGAGAAGGUGGCAAAGAGCUUCCUAGGGUUAGAGGCAGAGGCUUGACAUUUAGAGUGGUAGAAAGUGGCUUUAGCAGCGUAAACAGAGGAAGAGAAUGUAGAGAGGAGGGAGUGAAAAGAUGACAGGUCCGCAGGGAGUCUAGUUUUCCUCCAUUUCCGCUCGGCUGCCCGGAGCCCUCUUCUGUGAGCUCGCAAUGAGUCGUCAAGCCACGGAGCAGGAGGGGAGGACCGAGCCGGCUGGGACGAUAGGGGACAUAGAGAGUCAAAAUAUGCAGAAAGGGAGGAGAGGAGGGUUGAGGAGGCAGAAUCAGGAGACCAGAGGGAGAAGGAUUUAGCAGAGGGAAGAGAUGAUAGGAUGGAAGAGGAGAGAGCAGCGGGAGAGAGAGAGCGAAGGUUGCGACGGCACAUUACCAUCUGAGUAGGGACAGAGUGAGUAGUGUUGGAGGAGAGCGAGAGAGAAAAGGAUACAAAGUAGUGGUCGGAGACUUGGAGGGGAGUUGCAGUGAGAUUAGUAGAAGAACAGCAUCUAGUAAAGAUGAGGUCAAGCGUAUUGCCUGCCUUUUGAGUAGGGGGGGACGGUGAGAGGGUGAGGUCAAAAGAGGAAAGGAGUGGAAAGAAGGAGGCAGAGAGAAAUGAGUCAAAGGCAGACGUAGGGAGGUUAAAGUCACCCAGAGCUGUGAGGGGUGAGCCAUCCUCAGGAAAGGAACUUAUUAAGGCUUCAAGCUCAUUGAUGAACUCUCCAAGGGAACCUGGAGGGCGAUAAAUGACAAGGAUGUUAAGCUUGAAUGGGCUAGUGACUGUGACAGCAUCGAAUUCAAAUGAGGAGAUAGACAGAUGGGUCAGGGGAAAAAGAGAGAAUGUCCACUUGGGAGAGAUGAGGAUUCCUGUGCCACCGCCGCGCUGACCAGAUCCUCUCGGGGUAUGCGAGAACACAUGGUUAGACGAGGAAAGAGCAGCAGGAGUAGCAGUGUUUUCUGUGGUAAUCCAUGUUUCCGUCAGCGCCAAGAAGUCGAGGGACUGGAGGGUAGCAUAGGCUGAGAUUAACCUUGUUGGCCGCAGAACGGCAGUUCCAGAGGCUGCCAGAGACCUGGAACUCCAUGUGGGUCGUGCGCGCAGGGACCACCAGAUUAGAGUGGCAACAGCCACGUGGUGUGAAGCGUUUGUAUGGCCUGUGCAGAGAGGAGAGAACAGGGAUAGACAGACACAUAGUUGACAGGCUACAGAAAAAGAAGACCAAACGUGUUUGCUUAUUUUUUUCUUUAAGCAAUGGCUUUUUUUCUGGCCACUCUUCCGUAAAGCCCAACUCUGUGGAGUGUACGGCUUAAAGUGGUCCUAUGGACAGAUACUCCAAUCUCCGCUGUGGAGCUUUGCAGCUCCUUCAUGGUUAUCUUUGUUCUCUUUGUUGCCUCUCUGAUUAAUGCCCUCCUUGCCUGGUCCGUGAGUUUUGGUGGGCGGCCCUCUCUUGGCAGGUUUGUUGUGGUGCCAUAUUCUUUCCAUUUUUUUAUAAUGGAGUUAAUGGUGGUCCGUGGGAUGUUCAAAGUUUCUGAUAUUUUUUUAUAACCCAACCCUGAUCUGUACUUCUUCACAACUUUGUCCCUGACCUGUUUGGAGAGCUCCUUGGUCUUCAUGGUUCUGCUUGCUUGGUGGUGCCCCUUGCUUAGUGGUGUUGCAGACUCUGGGGCCUUUCAGAACAGGUGUAUAUAUACUGAGAUCAUGUGACAGAUCAUGUGACACUUAGAUUGCUCACAGGUGGACUUUAUUUAACUAAUUAUGUGACUUCUGAAGGUAAUUGGUUGCACCAGAUCUUAUUUAGGGGCUUCAUAGCAGAGUGGGUGAAUACAUAUGCAGGCACCACUUUUCCGUUAUUUAUUUUUUAGAAUUUCUUGAAACAAGUUAUUUUUUCAUUUCACUUCACCAAUUUUGACUAUUUGGUGUAUGUCCAUUACAUGAAAUCCAAAUAAAAAUAAAUUUCAAUUACAGGUUGUAAUGCAACAAAAUAGGAAAAACGCCAAGGGGGAUGAAUACUUUUGCAAGGCACUGUACUUGUGGUGCUGUGUAUGGGUGAAACUUGUACUGACAACAGUAGUGAAAUCACCAUAUUCUUCUGGGGUAAAACACAAGUGUGAUGCCAUGUUUGUAAAGAUCUAUGUGUAUUUGCCAUCAAACUAAAAGCAUUAUUUUAUAACAAAACAUUUUGCUUAGGAUUUAUUUUUGUUGGGAUUCAUUAACCUUCCCACUGAGCUCCUGACUGACAUCCCUUCACUUUUGGUGCUGUGCCAGUUUCAAAAGAAUGCAAAGUAUGUCUUCAUUUUUUCCCUUCUGUUUUCUCAGUUAGUCCAAGUAGCAGCCAGGAAGAAGCUGGCCAAGACAGAGCAUCAGAAUCAGGCUUCUUUAGCCAUCAAGAUAUUGAUCUCGAAAUCGUAGAAAGUUUAAAUAACAAUAUGAAUUUGUACUUAUAUUUUAGACCAAGAGCUGCCAUCCCUACUUGAUGAGCCCGUGGCUUCUGAGAUGCCUGCUGGAUACAUAAAAAGGUAUAUUAUGCUAGCCUAUAUGUUGCAAAAUGUUGCUUCUCUUGUAUUAUCAACGUAAAUUCCAAAUUGUAUGGCUGUCAGCAGCUACAGUAUAUGGUUAUCAAUACUACUAAUAUAUGUGAAGGGUGGAUAUUUUGAUCGAGGUAUUUCACAUGGCCUUCAUACAUGUCCUGCCAGGUACUCAUGGCUGGUAUCGUCACGCUGCUUGCAGCUAAACUGUUUAGUCUUUAUUAUUUUGCAGAUCUUCAAGCAGUGGAGAUGAGGAUAAUGGUGAAACUGGAGAUGAUCCGUACAGAGUUCAGGACUGCUCUGAACCAAGUUAUGGAGGCCAUAGAGGCCCGGCAGCCAAAGGAGUCAGAGUCCUUGGGCAACUUGAAAUGCUGCAAAACCCUGCAGAAACAAAUGAGGAACUGA